AUGAGCAUGGACACCCGUAUGGUGAAUUUUGGUUUUACGCGUGCUGCUCUCCUGUGCGGUCUUUUAUUAUUGCUAACUGCCGUGUGUCCGCUGCAUGUGACUGCUGCUGAUGGUGAUAAUGGACGUGUGAUUGUUAAUGUGAAGGAGUAUUUCUCCAUGCCUAAUUAUGCAUUUAUUCGAAGAAGAAAGUAUAUGGUUGAUCACGAAAGCACCAAUCGUUACUGCGUGUAUUUUGGUGCCGAAGUUGCUGCCGAUCAAACGGAGGCGGCACACCAAAGUUUGCAGGAUGCUAUGAAGCGUGUAAUUACGGGUUCGGAUGCUUUCAGCUACCUUGGUGGAGAUGCUGUGUACAGUAGUGGCGAAGCAAUUGAAGCUGAUAAGCGUUGUAAGCCUGGAGACGCGGCAUCUUCCCGCUAUUGUGUGUAUCGUUGGAAUAAGGGAUUGUUUGCAAAGGCUUUGCCUGAUGGUCACGGGGUGGCGUUCUGGCAUGGUUCAUAUGUCAAAUACGACGGUGCGGCCUCAAUGAAUGGUUACCCAUCCUUUUGGGGUAGUGAAUAUCCCAAGCGUGGUCAGUUGUAUACCCUUUCAUGGUAUCAUACAGGAGAUAAUUCGACUACCUGGUAUGAUGCUGAUGGGGUGUCAGGCACUAUUCGUUGGACAAGUCGAAACUUUGACACGAAGUCUCAGGAUUACGUUAUUGUUUGUGAAGUUCAAAGAUAUGUUACUGUGGCAGCUGAUAACUACACAACAACUACCACUACAACUACAGCUGCACCUGCCUCAGGCGAAGUACCGGAACCAACUGUAACAAAGGAUGAAGAAGUUACUGUGACAACUGUGUCAUUGGAAGAGAGAAGUAAUUGGCACAUUAUUCUCAUAGCUCUAAUUUCUGUUGUUUCCCUCAUUGUGUUGCUGCUUUUCCUUUUACGUUGGUUCUGUGAUUAUGAUGUUAAAAAGGAGAUCAUUCCCAUGACGCUGCGUGAAGUUGUUGGAGAGCCGUUGUUUGUCCUGGAGCCAACACCUUUUGUUCCCCCAGAGGGUUUUGCUGCUCCUCCCUUAGCCCUGCAAUAUUAUAACCAAAUGAGAACCAGUGAAUAA